GUCGAGGACAUAAAUCCCAAGGCAAGGAAGACCGUUCGCUCUUUUGGCCAACCAACCAUUGCUUCGAGCCGGAGACCUGGAAUUCCUCCUGCCGUUUUCCGUGGCCCCGAAUGAGCCGUUAGAGCUUGUUACUGCUGGGGUGUGCCAUCUCUCCUUGCGACAGUGUUUUAGCUUCUGGAUUCGAUACGCCAUGAGUGCCUCGUCGUCCAACGGGCUGGUGCUGCCCUUCUCCAUCUCCCGCCUGCAGCACGAUGUGGAGGUGGGCCGUAGCUCCACCAAGGUAGAUGCAGACAACGACGACUACGGCCAAGUUUCGUCCCCGCCUGGUCCUUUCGACAUCGAGCAUACCAAGAAUGCCUCCAUAGAGACUCUCAAAAGAUGGAGGCAAGCAGCUCUAGUGCUGAAUGCUUCACGGCGGUUUCGAUAUACAUUAGACUUGAGAAAGGAAGAAGACAAAGAGCAACGCCGAAGGAUGAUUAGAGCCCAUGCGCAAGUCAUAAGAGCAGCUGUGCUUUUCAGAUUGGCAGGGGAACGGCAGAUUGGGGUGGGUCCAAAUGCGACACCUCCUACUGCAAUUGGCGAUUAUGGAAUUGUACUUGAGCAGCUUGCAUCCAUGACUCGUGACCACGAUUUUUCAGCUCUGCAACAAUAUGGGGGUGCUAAGGGUUUAUCCAAUAUGUUGAAGACGAAUAUAGAGAGAGGAAUUUCUGGUGAUGAGACUGAUAUAUUGAAGCGAAGGAAUACAUUUGGUUCCAACACAUAUCCUCAAAAGAAGGGACGGAGUUUCCUGAGGUUCCUUUGGGAAGCCUGGCAAGACUUGACUCUCAUUAUCCUAAUAGUAGCGGCUGCAGCAUCAUUGGCGCUUGGAAUGAAGACUGAGGGAAUAAAGGAAGGCUGGUACGAUGGAGGAAGCAUUGCCUUUGCCGUUCUUCUUGUAAUUUUUGUGACAGCUGUCAGUGACUAUCGACAAUCUCUGCAGUUUCAAAAUCUAAAUGAGGAGAAACGAAAUAUCCAAUUAGAGAUAAUGAGAGGUGGUAGAAUGGUCAAGGUUUCUAUACAUGACAUUGUUGUCGGUGACAUUGUCCCUCUUAACAUAGGUGAUCAGGUUCCUGCUGAUGGAAUCUUAGUCAGUGGUCACUCUCUUGCAAUUGACGAAUCUAGCAUGACUGGUGAAAGCGAAACUGUUCACAAGGAUCAGAAAGCACCUUUCUUGAUGUCCGGUUGCAAAGUAGCUGAUGGUGUUGGCAUUAUGCUGGUAACUGGCGUUGGAAUCAAUACUGAAUGGGGGUUGUUAAUGGCAAGUAUCUCAGAGGAUACCGGUGAAGAGACACCACUGCAGGUGCGCUUGAAUGGUGUUGCAACAUUCAUAGGCAUUGUUGGUCUUGCAGUAGCUCUUUCUGUGCUUGUAAUCCUCUUGGUGAGGUACUUUACUGGAAAUACUGAAGAUGCUGAUGGACAUGUCCAAUUUAUUAAGGGAAGCACCAGCAUCAGUCAUGUUGUAGAUGACAUCAUUAAGAUUGUUACUAUUGCAGUCACUAUUGUGGUGGUUGCUGUGCCCGAAGGACUUCCCUUGGCUGUAACCUUGACAUUGGCGUAUUCGAUGCGGAAAAUGAUGGCCGACAAAGCCCUGGUUCGUAGACUCUCAGCCUGCGAAACUAUGGGAUCUGCUACAACCAUUUGCAGCGAUAAGACUGGGACAUUGACAAAGAAUGAGAUGACAGUGGUUGAGGCUUAUGCUGGUCGAAAGAAAUUGGAUCCACUAAAUGACUCCUCACAAUUGCAUGAAGUGGUUACUUCUCUGUUGUACGAUGGUGUUGCACAAAAUACUCAAGGCAAUGUAUUUGUACCAAAGGGUGGAGGGGAUGUUGAGAUUUCGGGAUCACCCACAGAAAAAGCCAUUCUUUUGUGGGCAGUUAAGUUGGGGAUGAAGUUUGAUGUAAGCAGAUCAGAGUCUACAGUUCUCCAUGUUGUCCCAUUCAACUCACAAAAGAAACGCGGAGGUGUUGCCAUCAAACGGAAUAACUCUGAAGUGUAUAUACAUUGGAAGGGAGCAGCAGAGUUGGUCUUGGCUUCAUGUACGAGAUAUGUCGACUUAAAUGGUCAAUUCCAGCCCAUUGAGGAAGAAAAGGAUUUCUUCAAGCAAGCUAUUGAUGACAUGGCGGCAAGGAGCUUGCGUUGUGUUGCCAUUGCUUGUAGGCAACAUGAUCUUGACGGCAUUCCAGCAGAUGAGGAGAGUCUUGACAAAUGGGUGCUCCCUGAAGAUGACCUCGUCUUGCUGGCAAUUGUUGGUAUAAAGGAUCCAUGUCGUCCAUGGGUCAAAGAUGCUGUGAAAGUUUGCGUAGAAGCUGGAGUCAAGGUACGCAUGGUCACAGGAGACAAUAUCCAAACAGCGAAAGCAAUAGCUUUGGAGUGUGGAAUACUUGGUCCUAGUGACAAUGCCUCUGAACCUAAUGUUAUUGAAGGAUGUGUAUUCCGUGCAUUGUCUGAGAAGGACCGAGAACAAGUUGCGAAACUAAUAACGGUGAUGGGGCGGUCUUCUCCUAGUGACAAGCUGUUACUCGUGCAAGCAUUACGCAAAGGAGGUGAUGUUGUUGCUGUAACAGGCGAUGGAACCAAUGACGCUCCUGCUCUUCACGAGGCAGAUAUUGGUCUUGCCAUGGGCAUUCAAGGGACAGAAGUUGCAAAAGAGAGUGCAGACAUCAUAAUUUUGGAUGAUAAUUUCGCUUCUGUCGUCAAGGUUGUGCGAUGGGGCCGUUCUGUAUAUGCAAAUAUUCAGAAAUUUAUCCAGUUCCAGCUGACAGUCAAUGUUGCAGCACUGGUUAUCAAUGUUGUGUCAUCAGUAUCGUCCGGUGAUGUUCCUUUGAAUGCAGUGCAGCUUCUGUGGGUUAACCUUAUAAUGGAUACUCUUGGAGCACUUGCAUUGGCUACAGAACCUCCAACAGAUCAUCUUAUGCAUAGAUCUCCAGUUGGUCGAAGGGAACCCCUCAUAACCAACAUAAUGUGGAGAAAUUUAAUCAUACAGGCAUUUUAUCAAGUUUGCGUACUUCUUGUAUUGAAUUUCUCGGGGAAAAGUAUACUUAAGUUGAAUGAUGGAACUACGCAUCGCGCUACUAUGGUGAAGAAUUCUGUGAUAUUUAAUGCAUUUGUCCUUUGUCAAAUCUUUAAUGAGUUCAAUGCUCGGAAGCCUGAUCAAAUUAACGUGUUCAGUGGAGUAACUGGAAACCACCUGUUCAUGGCUAUUGUGGGAACGACCUUAGUACUUCAAAUAAUCAUUAUCGAGUUUCUUGGUAAAUUCACUACCACAGUGAAAUUGGAUUGGAAGCAGUGGCUGGUGUGUGUUGGGAUAGGCUUUAUCAGCUGGCCGCUUGCUAUGGUUGGGAAACUCAUUCCAGUUCCUGCGACUCCUCUAGCGACGUACUUUGUUAAGCCAUUCCGCCGAUGGAGACGUGCUUGAAACGGUCGUUUUGCGUCUGUGUGCACGGCAUGAAGGCUUUUGCUUGAAGACUCCUGUUCUUCUAGACAGCAUAAUGCAUGGUCUUUUUUCAUACUAAUCCGGCACUGUGUUUGUUGCUUCCUAUCUCCAGGAUAUCAUUAGCCUUAGUGGGGAUUGUUAAGUGAACUUUAAGGUACAGUAGUACUAAGUGUAAAUAAUAAGCUUGUACGUGCAAAGCAUGGAUCUUUCCCGGCUGAAUUUAUCAGAUUGCUUUCCCGACUUUAUUUUUUUGCAACACCUGCGUGUUCAGUUGUAAGGGAUGGAGGUGCUCCAUGACUGUUUAAUGUUUCUUAAAUGGAGUAUUUUUAAUGAAAAGAUGUGUGUUGACAUCUUAA